AUGUUGUGGAGACGGACAGGACCUCCAUGUUGUGGAGACGGACAGGACCUCCAUGUUGUGGAGACGGACAGGACCUCCAUGUUGUGGAGACGGACAGGACCUCCAUGUUGUGGAGACGGACAGGACCUCCAUGUUGUGGAGACGGACAGGACCUCCAUGUUGUGGAGACGGACAGGACCUCCAUGUUGUGGAGACGGACAGGACCUCCAUGUUGUGGAGACGGACAGGACCUCCAUAGUGUGGAGACGGACAGGACCUCCAGGUUGUGGAGACGGACAGGACCUCCAUGUUGUGGAGACGGACAGGACCUCCAUGUUGUGGAGAAAGACAGGGCCUCCAUGGUUUGGAGAAAGACAGGGCCUCCAUGGUUUGGAGAAAGACAGGGCCUCCAUGGUUUGGAGACGGACGGGACCUCCAUGGUGUGAAGACGGACAGGACCUCCAUGUUGUGGAGACGGACAGGACCUCCAUGUUGUGGAGACGGACCUCCAUGUUGUGGAGACGGACAGGACCUCCAUGUUGUGGAGACGGACAGGACCUCCAUGUUGUGGAGACGGACCUCCAUGGUUUGGAGACGGACAGGACCUCCAUGGUUUGGAGACGGACAGGACCUCCAUGUUGUGGAGACGAACAGGACCUCCAUGUUGUGGAGACGGACAGGACCUCCAUGUUGUGGAGACGGACAGGACCUCCAUGUUGUGGAGACGGACAGGACCUCCAUGUUGUGGAGACGGACAGGACCUCCAUGUUGUGGAGACGGACAGGACCUCCAUGUUGUGGAGACGGACAGGACCUCCAUGGUUUGGAGAAGGACAGGGCCUCCAUGGUUUGGAGACGGACAGGACCUCCAUGUUGUGGAGACGGACAGAACCUCCAUGUUGUGGAGACGGACAGAACCUCCAUGGUUUGGAGACGGACAGGACCUCCAUGUUGUGGAGACGGACAGGACCUCCAUGUUGUGGAGACGGACAGGACCUCCAUGUUGUGGAGACGGACCUCCAUGUUGUGGAGACGGACAGGACCUCCAUGUUGUGGAGACGGACAGGACCUCCAUGUUGUGGAGACGGACAGGACCUCCAUGUUGUGGAGACGGACCUCCAUGGUUUGGAGACGGACAGGACCUCCAUGGUUUGGAGACGGACAGGACCUCCAUGUUGUGGAGACAAACAGGACCUCCAUGUUGUGGAGACGGACAGGACCUCCAUGUUGUGGAGACGGACAGGACCUCCAUGUUGUGGAGACGGACAGGACCUCCAUGUUGUGGAGACGGACAGGACCUCCAUGUUGUGGAGACGGACCUCCAUGGUUUGGAAACGGACAGGACCUCCAUAGUCAUCGUAUACAGUGGAUACAGUACACUGUGUCUGUAGGAUAGCUUAGUAAGUGUUUGUGUGUUAUUGGCUUGGUCUAUUUGAAAGUUCAGUGAGUGAGUGUGUGUGUGUGGUGUGGUUAGUGUGUGUGUGUGUGUGUGUGUGUGUGUGUGUGUGGUUUGGUUAGUGUGUGUGUGUGUGUGGUGUGGUUAGUGUGUGUGUGUGUGUGUGUGGUUUGGUUAGUGUGUGUGUGUGUGUGUGGUUAGUGUGUGUGUGUGUGGUUAGUGUGUGUGUGUGUGUGGUGUGGUUAGUGUGUGUGUGUGUGUGUGUGUGUGUGUGUGUGGUUAGUGUGUGUGUGUGUGUGUGGUUAGUGGUGUGUGUGUGUGUGUGGUUAGUGUGUGUGUGUGUGUGUGUGGUUAGUGGUGUGUGUGUGUGUGUGUGUGUGUGUGUGUGUGUUUGGUCGUGUGUGUGUGGUGUGGUGUGUGGUUAGUGUGUGUGUGUGUGUGUGGUUGGUUAGUGUGUGUGUGUGUGUGGGUGGUUAGUGUGUGUGUGGUGUGUGUGUGGUGGUUAGUGUGUGUGGUGUGUGUGUGUGUGGUUUGUUGGGUGUUGUGUGUGUGUGUGUGUGUGGUGUGUGUGGUGUGUGGUGUGGUGUGUGGUUGUAGUGGUGUGUUGUGGUGUGCGGUAGCUGUGGGGCCUGUGUGGUGAGUUGGUUGGUAGUGGUUUCCAUUUGUGUUGAAUCAGAGUGUGGUGGGGUGUGUGUCUCAUAACGGUGUUUUGGCUGAUGCCAUGUACGUGAGCCGUGGUGUUGCUGCAUGCCAUGCAUGUACAGAGAGCCCGGGGUGUGUUGUGCCUGCCAUGCGCAGCUGGUGACAGGAGAGCUCCGUGGGUGUGUGUGUGUGCGCAUGCCAUGGUACAGAGAGCUCCGUGGGUGUGUUGUGCCUGCCAUGCCAUGGUACAGAGAGCUCCGUGGGUGUGUUGUGCCUGCCAUGCCAUGGUACAGAGAGCUCCGUGGGUGUGUUGUGCCUGCCAUGCCAUGGUACAGAGAGCUCCGUGGGUGUGUUGUGCCUGCCAUGCCAUGGUACAGAGAGCUCCGUGGGUGUGUUGUGCCUGCCAUGCCAUGGUACAGAGAGCUCCGUGGGUGUGUUGUGCCUGCCAUGCCAUGGUACAGAGAGCUCCGUGGGUGUGUUGUGCCUGCCAUGCCAUGGUACAGAGAGCUCCGUGGGUGUGUUGUGCCUGCCAUGCCAUGGUACAGAGAGCUCCGUGGGUGUGUUGUGCCUGCCAUGCCAUGGUACAGAGAGCUCCGUGGGUGUGUUGUGCCUGCCAUGCCAUGGUACAGAGAGCUCCGUGGGUGUGUUGUGCCUGCCAUGCCAUGGUACGAGAGCUCCGUGGGUGUGUUGUGCCUGCCAUGCCAUGGUACAGAGAGCUCCGUGGGUGUGUUGUGCCUGCCAUGCCAUGGUACAGAGAGCUCCGUGGGUGUGUUGUGCCUGCCAUGCCAUGGUACAGGAGAGCUCCGUGGGUGUGUUGUGCCUGCCAUGCCAUGGUACGGAGAGCUCCGUGGGUGUGUUGUGCCUGCCAUGCCAUGGUACAGAGAGCUCCGUGGGUGUGUUGUGCCUGCCAUGCCAUGGUACAGAGAGCUCCGUGGGUGUGUUGUGCCUGCCAUGCCAUGGUACGGAGAGCUCCGUGGGUGUGUGUUGUGCCUGCCAUGCCAUGGUACAGAGAGCUCCGUGGGUGUGUUGUGCUGCCAUGCAUGGUACAGAGAGCUCCGUGGGUGUGUUGUGCUGCCAUGCCAUGGUACGGAGAGCUCCGUGGGGUGGUGUGGUUGUGGCUGCGCAUGCCUGGUCGAGAGCUCGGGGUGUGGUUGUGCCUGCCAUGAUGGUGAGAGGGUCGUGGGUGUGUGUGCCUGCAUGCCAUGGUACGAGAGCUCGUGGGUUGUGUGUGUUGUGCAUGCAUGGUACGGGAGGAGCUGGUGUGUUCGGGGGGUGGGUGGUGUGUGUGUGCAGUGCAUGGUAGGGGGAGGAGCUCGUGGGGUGUUGUGUGUGCCUGCCUGUGCAUGGUACGGAGAGGUCGUGGGUGUGUUGUGCUGAGCCAUGUUGGUACGGGGUGUGCGUGUGGUGUGUGUUGGCUGUGUGUGCUUAUUGGGGCUGUAGUGAGUUGGCGUUCGGGUGUGUGGUGUGUGGGAGUGGUGGUGAUUGUCGUGGUGUGUGAGGCUGUAGGGGGUGUGUGUGUAGGUGUGUGUGUGUGAUUGUGUAGGGGUGGGUGUGUGUGUUGGGUGUCAGGGUGGAGGUGAUGAGCGUGUGGGUGUGUAGGUGGUGGGUGUAGGAGGGUGUGUGGGGAGGUGUGUGGUAGGGUGUGUGUGUGUGUGUGUGUAGGGUGGUGUGUGUGGUGAGGUAGGUGUGGUGUGGUGUGUGAGGGUGGUGUGUGUGUGGUGUAGGGUGUGUGAGUGGAGUGUGGAGGGUGGUGUGGUGUGUGGGUGUAGGGGGGGUGUGUGUAGGUGUGUGGAUGUGGGUAGGGUGGUGUGUGUGAGGGUAGGGUGUGGAGGUGGUGAGGGUGGUGGGGGUGAGGGGGGGGGAGGGAGGGGGUGGUGUGGUAGGUAGGGUGUUUCGUGCGAGCGUUGUUGGUGUAGGGUGUGUGUGUGUGAGCGUGUAGGGUGUGUGUGUGUGUGUGUAAUGGAAGUAGGUGUUCAGGAAUGUGGACUCCUCCCAACAUUCCAGACAGUAUUCAUGUGUCAGGGUGACUGAUGGUUGUCAGGGGAGAGAAACAGGGGGAGGAGAGGGAGAGAGGAGAGGAAAGAGAGGGGAGGAGGAGGAGGAGGAGGAGGAGGAGGAGGAGGAGGAGGAGGAGGAGGAGGAGGGAAAGGGGUCCAUUUUCAAGCCACCUCCCUCCCAAUACAUCCCACCACCUGAUUCCACCCAUCCAGCCUGGUUUCUUCAUUUCUCCAACCCUUUCAGUAACAGUUUACAUUUGGUAGUUUAGUAUUACAUUCCAGUUCUCAUGUUGUCUGUGGUAAUAUCGUUCCCUCUUUCCUGUUUAGUUUGAUACGCAUUGACUCUCUUCUAUUUCCUGUUUCCUCCCCAGAUGAUGAGACCGACAGUCUGUCUGAUGUUAAGUGGAUUCAGAUCCUGGCCCCUCCGGCCCACCUACUAUCUCUGAACCCUGCCCUGUCUUUGACCCCGGACCUCGACCCCCUCCCCGUAAAGACCCUCCCGCCCCCCGACCCAUCAUCCAGCGACCCCCAGGGGCCUGACGCCAAACGCCACCCCACCGCCGAGCCCCCACCCUGGGGAGAAGAACGACCAGACUGCCGUGCAGACGUCCAGAGCCCUCCACUCCCCCAGCCCAACAUCGGCAAGCUGUUGGGGGGUGAGGAGGGCUCGUCCCCCCCUAUGUCAGCCUCCUCUAGCCCCCCUCCUUACCACCACCACCACCACCACCACUCAGCCCUGGAGAACGGCUGCUCCUCUACCAGCCCCUCUAGUCCAGCCAGCCCUGCCCUCAGCGGGCUCAGUGAAGAACCCUGCAAGGGGAACCAGACAAGGGUGACCGUUACCCCUUCAGACCACCACCAGCCCCCCACCCCCUCGGACCCAUGCCCUGAUGCCCCUGUGGGGGAGAGGGGUGGGGAGAGGAGUGGUGGAAGCUCCCACGUUAGUCACACACACUUUACCUUUGAGGAGAGGCUGGGAGGGGAUGAGACGAUAGCAGAGAAGUUGAACUCCAAGCCAGAGACUGAGAGAGCUGGUGCUGGGUCACCUAUUCAGGACAGUGGUAGGGAGGAGGCUGGAAUGGCUGGGGGACAGUCACAGGACAAUGGGGAGGAAGGUCAUGGAAAUACAGGAGGGACGAUGGAGGGGCCGAGAGAGCAGAAGGAGUGUAGGAAUUCCUCUCAGAAGCAGAAGAGGUUGAAAGGAGAGAAGGAGAAGGAGAGCAGGGGAGGUCAGGAUGGGGAGAAGACUCUUACCAACGGCCUGGCUACUGCAGGGGAGGAAGAGGAGGAGGAGGAAGGGCAGUCUCUCCUCCCUCCCCCCUCCAAGGAGGACUCCGUAACGGAGGAAAAGGAGAUGGAGGAGAGCAAGCAAGAGAACGGAGGAGAAGGAGGUAGCAGUGUUGGUUCUAAACUGAGCAACAGUCAUCUGCAGCCACUAAGUGGGAUGUUUGGCGGGGCGCGUCCCAAACAACCGGUCAAUGUCAAACUCCAGAUCCCCUGGCCGCUAUCCGGACACGUCCAGAACCAGCUAGCACCUACCGCUAACACCACCACCGCCGUCUGCAAGAACAAGAACCUUGAGAACCGUGCCGGUGGCGUAACCACGGAUACAGCAACUGUCGUUGCCGGGGGUGACCCUGGUGGUUGUGUUGUGGUUGUUAAUGGGGAGUUGCUAAGCGGGUCUCCGUCAUCAUUGUUGGGCCUGGUGGUGGCGUCAGAGAGCAGCCCGGACAACGACCUCCAGGCGGGGUAUCACCACCAGGGGGCUCUGCCCAGGAAACUGCUCUCCUCCCUGGGGGAUGUGGCCCCGGUGUGGGUCCCUGACUCCCAGGCACCAGUCUGUAUGAAGUGUGAGGCCCGCUUCACCUUCACCAAGAGGAGGCAUCACUGCAGGGCCUGUGGGAAGGUGGGUGCAGAUUCUAUUUUUUAUUGAACCUUUAUUUUGACAGGGAGUCAAUGCUGAGACCAAGGUCUCUUUUCCAGAUGAGCCCUGUUUAACACAACAAUACACAUCAAAAUACAAUAUACACAUUAAAGUACAUAUAUACAUUAAAAUACAUGUUAUUAUACACAACGAUACAGGAAAUGUAGACCCCAAUCAUAAACAGACACAUUCUUCAGUAAAAAGUUAUCCUAACAUUCGUCUGAAAUGCCCUAGAGGCACCGAUUUUUAGAGAGCUUUGGAGAUCAUUCCACACGUAAGGUGCAGAAACACUAAAAGCAGAUUUACCCAACUCAGUGGGGAUGGAAGGGACCUCCAGAAUUAGCCAUCCCUGUGGGUCAGGUGACUCGUAUGUCUGUAAUUUAACAAUGAAGUCAGGUAUGGUUGAAGUUUGCACAAGAGGGCUUAAUAAACAAAAAGAGAGCUACGAGACUUGAGGGCCGGCCUACUUUCUGAUACAGAAUGCAGUGAUGUGUCCUGAACCUAUCACCGUAAUAAAGCGUAGGGCACUACGGUAAACUGCGUCCAAUGCCUUCAGUACAGUAGAAGCUACAUUCAUAUAGACUAUAUCACCAUAGUCUAUAGCCGUAAUGAAUGUCGACUGAAUGAUUUGUUUUCUGAUAUUUAAGGAAAGGCAUGACCUGUUCCUAUAAAAUAAUCCCAUUUGAAUCGUUGAAGUUGAGCUGGGUUGUUCUAGGAUGGCCUGGUACAGGGUUCUAGGAUGGCCUGGUACAGGGUUCUAGGAUGGCCUGGUACAGGGUUCUAGGAUGGCCUGGUACAGGGUUCUAGGAUGGCCUGGUACAGGGUUCUAGGAUGGCCUGGUACAGGGUUCUAGGAUGGCCUGGUACAGAGUUCUAGGAUGGCCUGGUACAGAGUUCUAGGAUGGCCCGGUACAGGGUUCUAGGAUGGCCCGGUACAGGGUUCUAGGAUGGCCCGGUACAGAGUUCUAGGAUGGCCCGGUACAGGGUUCUAGGAUGGCCCGGUACAGGGUUCUAGGAUGGCCUGGUACAGAGUUCUAGGAUGGCCUGGUACAGGGUUCUAGGAUGGCCUGGUACAGGGUUCUAGGAUGGCCUGGUACAGGGUUCUAGGAUGGCCUGGUACAGGGUUCUAGGAUGGCCUGGUACAGGGUUCUAGGAUGGCCUGGUACAGGGUUCUAGGAUGGCCUGGUACAGAGUUCUAGGAUGGCCUGGUACAGAGUUCUAGGAUGGCCUGGUACAGGGUUCUAGGAUGGCCCGGUACAGGGUUCUAGGAUGGCCUGGUACAGGGGCCUUUUACAGCUGAAUCUGCACUGGGACAGGUCUGCUGUGGACAAACACCUUCUUAAUUUCCCAAGGUUACACACUAAGAGUGUAGUGUAUAUAAGAUAACAAUGUGUGUAAGAUCGUUGUUGUGAAAAUGUGAUGAUUUUGUCAAUUUAAUUUGAGAAAACAAGUGUCGUCAAGUGAGAUUUCAUUACAGAUGUGUGCCUGAACGGUGUGUGUAUGAAUUCAGUUUAUAAGCUGAAUUGGGUAGAAGACAGGCUGGAGAGGAGAACGUCUCUCUCUCAUAGAGACACGCGAUACCAGCACUCCUGAGCAGGGUCGGGGGUCGAUUCAGGAAGUACACUACAUUUCAAUUUCCAAUGCUCUUCGAUGUGUCUCCAGGUGUUCUGUGCUCUUCGAUGUGUCUCCAGGUGUUCUGUGCUCUUCGAUGUGUCCCCAGGUGUUCUGUGCUCUUCGAUGUGUCUCCAGGUGUUCUGUGCUCUUCGAUGUGUCCCCAGGUGUUCUGUGCUCUUCGAUGUGUCCCCAGGUGUUCUGUGCUCUUCGAUGUGUCCCAGGUGUUCUGUGCUCUUCGAUGUGUCCCCAGGUGUUCUGUGCUCUUCGAUGUGUCCCAGGUGUUCUGUGCUCUUCGAUGUGUCCCCAGGUGUUCUGUGCUCUUCGAUGGUGUCCCCAGGUGUUCUGUGCUCUUCGAUGUGUCCCCAGGUGUUCGGUGUGCUCUUCGAUGUGUCCCCAGGUGUUCUGUGCUCUUCGAUGUGUCCCCAGGUGUUCUGUGCUCUUCGAUGUGUCCCCAGGUGUUCUGUGCUCUUCGAUGUGUCCCCAGGUGUUCUGUGCUCUUCGAUGUGUCCCCAGGUGUUCUGUGCUCCUUCGAUGUGUCCCCAGGUGUUCUGUGCUCUUCGAUGUGUCCCCAGGUGUUCUGUGCUCUUCGAUGUGUCCCCAGGUGUUCUGUGCUCUUCGAUGUGUCCCAGGUGUUCUGUGAUCUUCGAUGUGUCCCCAGGUGUUCUGUGCUCUUCGAUGUGUCCCCAGGUGUCCUGUGCUCUUCGAUGUGUCUCCAGGUGUUCUGUGCUCUUCGAUGUGUCCCCAGGUGUUCUGUGCUGCCUGCUGCAGCCGGAGGAGCAGACUGAUCUACAUGGACAGGAAGGAGGCCAGAGUCUGCAUCACCUGUCACUCUGCCCUACUGAGUGGUGAGUCACUAUUACUACACUGAUCUAGGAUCAGCUUACUCCAUCCCGUUCCUGACCUUAACCAUUAAGAUGUAAACACAAUACUGAUCCUGGAGCAGCGUCUAGAAUCAACUUCAUCUCCACAUCCUUCUUCCAUAGCUUUGGUUUGGUUGGGGUUUGGUCUUGGCCCUAGUUGUAAGGUGUGGAAAAACUCCUGGCCCUAGUUGUAAGGUGUGGAAAAACUCCUGGCCGUAGUUAAAUGGCAUAGCAAUAGUCUACUGCAUACCUUCCUGUCUUCCCUAUAUUGAUUCUAUAUUGAUCCUAUAUCUCCCUAUAUUGAUCCUAUAUCUCCCUAUAUUGAUCCUAUAUCUCCCUAUAUUGAUUCUAUAUCUCCCUAUAUUUAUCCACAUUUUGUUACGUUACAGCCUUAUUCUAAAAUUGAUUAAAUUAUUUUUUUCCCUCAUCAAUCUACACACAAUAACCCAAAAUGACAAAUCAAAAACAGGUUUUUAGACAUUUUUGCAAAUGUAUAUAAAAAAAAAAAAAACGUAUUUACAUAAGUAUUCAGACCCUUUGCUAUGAGACUCGUAAUUGAGCUCAGGUGCAUCCUGUUUCCAUUGAUCAUCCUUGAUGUUUCUACAACUUGAUUGGAGUCCACCUGUGGUAAAAUCAAUUGAUUGGACAUGAUUUGGAAAGGCACACACCUGUCUAUAUAAGGUCCCACAGUUGACAGUGCAUGUCAGAGCAAAACCAAGCCAUGAGGUUGAAGGAAUUGUCCGUAGAGCUCAGAGACAGGAUUGUUUUACAGCACAGAUCUGGGGAAGGGUACCAAAACAUUUCUGCAGCAUUGAAGGUCCCAAGAACACAGUGGCCUCCAUCAUUCUUAAAUGGAAGAAGUUUGGAGCCACCAAGACUCUUCCUAGAGCUGGUCGCCCGGACAAACUGAGCAAUUGGGGGAGAAGGGCUUUGGUCAGGGAGGCUCCAGAGAUCCUCUGUGGAGAUGGGAGAACCUUCUAGAAGGACAACCAUCUCUGCAGCACUCCACCAAUCAGGUCUUUAUGGUAGAGUGGCCAGACGGAAGCCACUCCUCAGUAAAAGGCACAUGACAGCCCGCUUGGAUUUAGCCAAAAGGCACCUAAAUACUCUCAGACCAUGAGAAACAAGAUUCUCUGGUCUGAUGAAACCAAGAUUGUGCUCUUUGGGCUGAAUGCCAAGCGUCACAUCUGGAGGAAACCUGGCACCAUCCCUACGGUGAAGCAUGGUGGUGGCAGCAUCAUGCUGUGGGGAUGUUUUUCAGCGGCAGGGACUGGGAGACUAGUCAGGAUCGAGGGAAAGAUGAACGGAGCAAAGUACAGAGAGAUCCUUGAUGAAAAUCUGCUCCAGAGCGCUCAGGACCUCAGACUGGGGCGAAGGUUCACCUUCCGUCACGACAACAACCCUAAGCACACAGCCAAGACAACGCAGGAGUGGCUUUGGGACAAGUCUCUGAAUGUCCUUGAGUCGACCAGCCAGAGUCCGGACUUGAACCCGAUCGAACAUCUCUGGAGAGACCUGAAAAUAGCUGUGCAGCGACGCUCCCUAUCCAACCUGACAGAGCUUGAGAGGAUCUGCAGAGAAGAAUGGGAGAAACUCCCCAAAUACAGGUGUGCCAAGCUUGUAGCGUCAUACCCAAGAAGACUCGAGGCUGUAAUCGCUGCCAAUGGUGCUUCAACAAAGUACUGAGUAAAGGGUCUGAAUACUUAAGUAAAUGUGAUAUUUAUGUUUUUUAUUUUGAAUAAUUGUUAUAUAUCCUAUAUUGAGCCUAUUUCUCCCUGUAUUGAUCCGAUGUCUCCCUGAAUUGAUCCGAUGUCUCCCUGAAUUGAUCCGAUGUCUCCCUGAAUUGAUCCGAUGUCUCCCUGAAUUGAUCCGAUGUCUCCCUGAAUUGAUCCGAUGACUCCCUGUAUUGAUCCGAUGUCUCCCUGAAUUGAUCCGAUGUCUCCCUGUAUUGAUCCGAUGUCUCCCUGUAUUGAUCCGAUGUCUCCCUGAAUUGAUCCGAUGUCUCCCUGAAUUGAUCCGAUGUCUCCCUGAAUUGAUCCGAUGACUCCCUGUAUUGAUCCGAUGUCUCCCUGAAUUGAUCCGAUGUCUCCCUGUAUUGAUCCGAUGUCUCCCUGUAUUGAUCCGAUGUCUCCCUGUAUUGAUCCGAUGUCUCCCUGUAUUGAUCCUGUAUCUCCCUGUAUUGAUCCUGUAUUGCCCUAUAUUGAUCCUAUAGCUCCCUACAGUAUAUUGAUCCUAUAUCUCCGUCUCCUUUUUGCCGUCAGCUCAUUCGCGGGAGGGUACGUGUGGCGGGUCUAACCAGAGUCCUAACCCCAACAACCCAGCAGAGUUCUGCAGUACCGUCCCACCUCUGCAGCAGGUCCAAGCCUCAGGGGCACUGGCCUCCCUUCCUCCCCCCGUCAUGGUCCCUGUGGGGGUCCCUAAAACACCCGGCUCAGAGGGUAACCACCUCUCCAUGACACACCUAAACACCAGGGACCUUGUUCAUUAGGCACCAAACGGAAUAUAACUGACUGGAACAGGGAGGGACUACCUGAGCUUAUCCAAUAAGAAAUGCACUGUUUUCCGUUGCAAAAUGUUUUGCUAUGGUGUGCGCUAAUGAAUACGACCCUGUAUAACCUCUGACCUCUGACCUAUCUUCCUGUUUCCUUUCCUUUUUUGCUUUUUAUGAAUGCUUCCUCUUUCUCACCCAAUAGGACGUUUCCACCCUAGUUGCUUUCUUUUGAUAAUAGUUUUGUUUUCUGUGUUAAAUUUUGGAUUUAUCCAACCUGUGUGUGUGGGCGUCACAGGGUGUGCAGGUUUCCUCUCGCGGGAGCGGAAGAGGGUGUGGUUUGCAGAUGGAAUCCUGGCGAAUGGGGAGGCAGCAGAAUCCCCCAAGCCCUCAGCUUCCAGCCCCGCCCCCUCGCAACCAUUGGCUGUCUCACAGUGUUCCAACAAAUCCUUCUCUACUGAUUUGCGAGAGGUACGGUUGGCACCAAAGCUCAAAAGGUCACAUCUUACAGUUUGUUAAAGAGGAAUUUAAGCAAAAGUCUAGCAUUGACCUUUUUAUUAUUGAUAUUCUGAGGUUGGUUUAUAGUCCUCCUAUCAGGAGCUGACUGACUGACUACGACUAGGAGGAAACACACCUGGACAAGUUGUCCCUGGGUUGACCUUAGAGUUUCUAGAAUGAAAAGCCUUUUCAUACAGACUGUUUCCCGUCAUCUUCAGCAGUGAAGUGUGACCAGAUAAUGUAGUUUAGUUGUUGACGUCUGUCUGGACUGGGCAUGCCUGGUAGAGUAGCAACAGGUUAGAAAGUGACUCACCACUCAGCUUGUCUGUAGACUAGAAUCACUGGUAAAACCUUUAAUGCCUUUGUCUGUACUGAUCUCUGACUCAUCCAAUGACUGGAACUCCUAACACACAAACACACACACUCUGAAUUGCUGAAUGUGAAUAUGAAGGGUUGUCUGCCAAUUACAGAUUUAUUCAGCCUUCUACAAUUCUCCACACCUGUUUUUCUGUACUUAAACCCUCUCCUCCUCCUCUUCCUCCUCCUCCCCCCUCCAGGCAUCGUCCCCUGCCCCUGCGACCACCGUGGGAAGCCCUGUAGGCAGCUCCGUCAGUCUAAUUCCGGAGGACGGCCUUCCUCCCAUCCUCACCUCCACCGGAGUUAAAGGAGGUACGGGAGGCCACACCUUAACCUCCCCCGUCCUCACCUCACUGUCCAUCACACCUUAACCUCCCCCGUCCUCACCUCACUGUCCAUCACACCUUAACCUCCCCCGUCCUCACCUCACUGUCCACCACACCUUAACCUCCCCCGUCCUCACCUCACUGUCCAUUACACCUUAACCUCCCCCGUCCUCACCUCACUGUCCAUCACACCUUAACCUCCCCCGUCCUCACCUCACUGUCCAUUACACCUUAACCUCCCCCGUCCUCACCUCACUGUCCAUCACACCUUAACCUCCCCCGUCCUCACCUCACUGUCCAUUACCACCUUAACCUCCCCCGUCCUCACCUCACUGUCCAUUACACCUUAACCUCCCCCGUCCUCACCUCACUGUCCAUCACUCAACCUCCCCCGUCCUCACCUCACUGUCCAUUACACCUUAACCUCCCCCGUCCUCACCUCACUGUCCAUUACACCUUAACCUCCCCCGUCCUCACCUCACUGGUCCAUCACUCAACCUCCCCCGUCCUCACCUCACUGUCCAUUACACCUUAACCUCCCCCGUCCUCACCUCACUGUCCAUACACCUUAACCUCCCCCGUCCUCACCUCACUGUCCAUCACACCUUAACCUCCCCCGUCCUCACCUCACUGUCCAUCACACCUUAACCUCCCCCGUCCUCACCUCACUGUCCACCACACCUUAACCUCCCCCGUCCUCACCUCAACUGUCCAUCACACCUUAACCUUAACCUCCCCCGUCCUCACCUCACUGUCCAUCACACCUUAACCUCCCCCGUCCUCACCAUCACUGUCCACCACACCUUAACCUCCCCCGUCCUCACCUCACUGUCCACCACACCUAACCUCCCCCGUCCCUCACCUCACUGUCCCACACCUUAACCUCCCCCGUCCUCACCUCACUGUCCAUUACACCUUAACCUCCCCCGUCCUCACCUCACUGUCCAUCACACCUUAACCUCCCCCGUCCUCACCUCACUGUCCACCACACCUUAACCUCCCCCGUCCUCACCUCACUGUCCAUUACACCUUAACCUCCCCCGUCCUCACCUCACUGUCCAUCACACCUUAACCUCCCCCGUCCUCACCUCACUGUCCAUUACACCUUAACCUCCCCCGUCCUCACCUCACUGUCCAUCAACACCUUAACCUCCCCCGUCCUCACCUCACUGUCCAUCACACCUUAACCUCCCCCGUCCUCACCUCACUGUCCACCACACCUUAACCUCCCCCGUCCUCACCUCACUGUCCAUCACACCUUAACCUUAACCUCCCCCGUCCUCACCUCACUGUCCAUCACACCUUAACCUCCCCCGUCCUCACCUCACUGUCCACCACACCUUAACCUCCCCCGUCCUCACCUCACUGUCCACCACACCUUAACCUCCCCCGUCCUCACCUCACUGUCCACCACACCUUAACCUCCCCCGUCCUCACCUCACUGUCCAUUACACCUUAACCUCCCCCGUCCUCACCUCACUGUCCAUCACACCUUAACCUCCCCCGUCCUCACCUCACUGUCCACCACACCUUAACCUCCCCCGUCCUCACCUCACUGUCCAUUACACCUUAACCUCCCCCGUCCUCACCUCACUGUCCAUCACACCUUAACCUCCCCCGUCCUCACCUCACUGUCCACCACACCUUAACCUCCCCCGUCCUCACCUCACUGUCCAUUACACCUUAACCUCCCCCGUCCUCACCUCACUGUCCACCACACCUUAACCUCCCCCGUCCUCACCUCACUGUCCAUCACACCUUAACCUCCCCCGUCCUCACCUCACUGUCCACCACACCUUAACCUCCCCCGUCCUCACCUCACUGUCCAUCACACCUUAACCUCCCCCGUCCUCACCUCACUGUCCAUCACACCUUAACCUCCCCCGUCCUCACCUCACUGUCCACCACACCUUAACCUCCCCCGUCCUCACCUCACUGUCCAUUACACCUUAACCUCCCCCGUCCUCACCUCACUGUCCAUCACACCUUAACCUCCCCCGUCCUCACCUCACUGUCCAUCACACCUUAACCUCCCCCGUCCUCACCUCACUGUCCACCACACCUUAAUCAAUCAAUCAAUCAAUUUUAUUUUAUAUAGCCCUUCUUACAUCAGCUAAUAUCUCGAAGUGCUGUACAGAAACCCAGCCUAAAACCCCAAACAGCUAGUAAUGCAGGUGUAGAAGCACGGUGGCUAGGAAAAACUCCCUAGAAAGGCGAAAACCUAGGAAGAAACCUAGAGAGGAACCAGGCUAUGAGGGGUGGCCAGUCCUCUUCUGGCUGUGCCGGGUGGAGAUUAUAACAGAACCAUGCCAAGAUGUUCAAAAAUGUUCAUAAGUGACAAGCAUGGUCAAAUAAUAAUCAGGAAUAAAUCUCAGUUGGCUUUUCAUAGCCGAUCAUUAAGAGUUGAAAACAGCAGGUCUGGGACAGGUAGGGGUUCCAUAACCGCAGGCAGAACAGUUGAAACUGGAAUAGCAGCAAGGCCAGGCGGACUGGGGACAGCAAGGAGUCACCACGGCCGGUAGUCCCGACGUAUGGUCCUAGGGCUCAGGUCUCUCAGUUGGCUUUUCAUAGCCGAUCAUUAAGAGUUGAAAACAGCAGGUCUGGGACAGGUAGGGGUUUCGUAGCCGCAGGCAGAACAGUUGAAACUGGAAUAGCAGCAAGGCCAGGCGGACUGGGGACAGCAAGAUGUCAGCAUGCCCGGUAGUCCUGACGUAUGGUCCUAGGGCUCAGGUUCUCAGAGAGAAAGAGAGAACGAGAGAAUUAGAGAGAGCAUACUUAAAUUCACACAGGACACUGGAUAAGACAGGAGAAGUACUCCAGGUAUAACCAACUAACCCCAGCCCCCCGACACAUAAACUACUGCAGCAUAAAUACUGGAGGCUGAGACAGGAGCGGUCCGGAGACACUGUGGCCCCAUCCGAAGAAACCCCCGGACAGGGCCAAACAGGAAGGAUAUAACCCCACCCACUCCGCCAAAGCACAGCCCCCGCACCACUAGAGGGAUAUCCCCAACCACCAACUUACAAUCCUGAGACAAGGCCGAGUAUAGCCCACAGAGGUCUCCACCACAGCACAAACCAAGGGGGGGGCGCCAACCCAGACAGGAAGAUCACGUCAGUAACUCAACCCACUCAAGUGACGCACCCCUCCCAGGGACGGCAUGAAAGAGCACCAGCAAGCCAGUGACUCAGCCCCUGCAACAGGGUUAGAGGCAGAGAACCCCAGUGGAGAGGGGAACCGGCCUGGCAGAGACAGCAAGGGCUGUCUCUGCCUCCCCCGUCCUCACCUCACUGUCCAUCACACCUUAACCUCCCCCGUCCUCACCUCACUGUCCAUUACACCUUAACCUCCCCCGUCCUCACCUCACUGUCCAUCACACCUUAACCUCCCCCGUCCUCACCUCACUGUCCAUCACACCUUAACCUCCCCCGUCCUCACCUCACUGUCCAUCACACCUUAACCUCCCCCGUCCUCACCUCACUGUCCAUCACACCUUAACCUCCCCCGUCCUCACCUCACUGUCCAUCACUCAACCUCCCCCGUCCUCACCUCACUGUCCAUCACACCUUAACCUCCCCCGUCCUCACCUCACUGUCCAUUACACCUUAACCUCCCCCGUCCUCACCUCACUGUCCAUCACACCUUAACCUCCCCCGUCCUCACCUCACUGUCCAUCACACCUUAACCUCCCCCGUCCUCACCUCACUGUCCAUCACACCUCAACCUCCCCCGUCCUCACCUCACUGUCCAUCACACCUUAACCUCCCCCGUCCUCACCUCACUGUCCAUCACACCUUAACCUCCCCCGUCCUCACCUCACUGUCCAUUACACCUUAACCUCCCCCGUCCUCACCUCACUGUCCAUCACACCUCAACCUCCCCCGUCCUCACCUCACUGUCCACCACACCUUAACCUCCCCCGUCCUCACCUCACUGUCCAUCACACCUUAACCUCCCCCGUCCUCACCUCACUGUCCAUCACACCUUAACCUCCCCCGUCCUCACCUCACUGUCCAUCACACCUUAACCUCCCCCGUCCUCACCUCACUGUCCAUCACACCUUAACCUCCCCCGUCCUCACCUCACUGUCCAUCACACCUCAACCUCCCCCGUCCUCACCUCACUGUCCAUCACACCUUAACCUCCCCCGUCCUCACCUCACUGUCCAUCACACCUUAACCUCCCCCGUCCUCACCUCACUGUCCACCACACCUUAACCUCCCCCGUCCUCACCUCACUGUCCAUCACACCUUAACCUCCCCCGUCCUCACCUCACUGUCCAUCACACCUUAACCUCCCCCGUCCUCACCUCACUGUCCAUCACUCAACCUCCCCCGUCCUCACCUCACUGUCCACCACACCUUAACCUCCCCCGUCCUCACCUCACUGUCCACCACACCUUAACCUCCCCCGUCCUCACCUCACUGUCCAUCACUCAACCUCCCCCGUCCUCACCUCACUGUCCAUCACACCUUAACCUCCCCCGUCCUCACCUCACUGUCCAUCACACCUUAACCUCCCCCCGUCCUCACCUCACUGUCCAUCACACCUUAACCUCCCCCGUCCUCACCUCACUGUCCAUCACACCUUAACCUCCCCCGUCCUCACCUCACUGUCCAUCACACCUUAACCUCCCCCGUCCUCACCUCACUGUCCAUCACACCUUAACCUCCCCCGUCCUCACCUCACUGUCCAUCACACCUUAACCUCCCCCGUCCUCACCUCACUGUCCAUCACACCUUAACCUCCCCCGUCCUCACCUCACUGUCCACCACACCUCAACCUCCCCCGUCCUCACCUCACUGUACAUCACACUGUGUGUGUUUUCUUCUGUGUGUCACCUUUGUUGUCCAGCGAUCAUGUCAAUGUAGCAAGCUGGGAGGGGUGUGGUGCUGGGGGGUACAUUGGGGUACAUUGGGGUACAUUGGGGUUCGUUGUGAGAUGUCCCUGUUUGGUAACUGUGUGUUUUCCCCCACCAGCAUCGCCCCCCUCAGACUGCGCGGUGGAGGAGCGUCCCUCUGAGAUGAUUCUGAUGCAGCAGCUGGAGGACGGAGGUCCUGACCCGCUGGAGGACGGAGGUCCUGACCCGCUGGAGGACGGAGGUCCUGACCCGCUGGAGGACGGAGGUCCUGACCCGCUGGAGGACGGAGGUCCUGACCCGCUGGAGGACGGAGGUCCUGACCCGCUGGAGGACGGAGGUCCUGACCCGCUGGAGGACGGAGGUCCUGACCCGCUGGAGGAAGGAGUUCCUGACCCCGCUGGAGACGGAGGUCCUGACCCGCUGGAGGAGGGUACGGAGAGGUCCUGACCCGCUGGAGGACGGAGGGUCCUGACCCCGCUGGAGGACCGGAGGUCCUGACCCGCUGGAGGACGGAGGUCCUGACCCGCUGGAGGACGGAGGUCCUGACCCGCUGGAGGACGGAGGUCCUGACCCGCUGGAGGACGGAGGUCCUGACCCGCUGGUGUUUGUGCUCAAUGCCAACCUGCUGGCCAUGGUCAGACUGGUCAACUGUGAGUGUCUCGAUAAGGUCCUUCCAGGUCAACUGUGAGUGUCUCGAUAAGGUCCUUCCAGGUCAACUGUGAGUGUCUCGAUAAGGUCCUUCCUCCAGUAAUGUGGGUCUCGAUAAGGUCCUCCAGGUCAACUGUGAGUGUCUCGUAAGGUCUUCCAGGUCAACUGUGAGUGUCUCGAUAAGGUCCUUCCAGGUCAACUGUGAGUGUCUCGAUAAGGUCCUUCCAGGUCAACUGUGAGUGUCUCGAUAAGGUCCUUCCAGGUCAACUGUGAGUGUCUCGAUAAGGUCCUUCCAGGUCAACUGUGAGUGUCUCGAUAAGGUCCUUCCAGGUCAACUGUGAGUGUCUCGAUAAGGUCCUUCCAGGUCAACUGUGAGUGUCUCGAUAAGGUCCUUCCAGGUCAACUGUGAGUGUCUCGAUAAGGUCCUUCCAGGUCAACUGUGAGUGUCUCGAUAAGGUCCUUCCAGGUCAACUGUGAGUGUCUCGAUAAGGUCCUUCCAGGUCAACUGUGAGUGUCUCGAUAAGGUCCUUCCAGGUCAACUGUGAGUGUCUCGAUAAGGUCCUUCCAGGUCAACUGUGAGUGUCUCGAUAAGGUCCUUCCAGGUCAACUGUGAGUGUCUCGAUAAGGUCCUUCCAGGUCAACUGUGAGUGUCUCGAUAAGGUCCUUCCAGGUCAACUGUGAGUGUCUCGAUAAGGUCCUUCCAGGUCAACUGUGAGUGUCUCGAUAAGGUCCUUCCAGUUCAACUGUGAGUGUCUCGAUAAGGUCCUUCCAGCUUCAACUAGCAACACCAGCAUCGUUUCAUAUACUGUAGAUGUCAUAAUGUCAGUUUAUUCUGACCUCACUCUGAGGAGCUUGUCUGAUUCAGCAGUUUGGCUGUUGUUUUUCCUCACACUACUAGAGAAGUAAAUAUAUAAUGAGAGUAUAUAUCUAUACCCCCCCCCCCCCUCUAUGGUCCCACAGUACUAUCACUCAUUACUAGAAUCACUUAUUCUACAUUCUAUGGUAACCUUCUCUCGGCUCUCCCUUGCUCCCUUCCUGUAGACGUAAACAGGAAGUGUUGGUAUGUGACCAGUAAGGGGAUGCAUGCAGUGGGCCAGGCUGAGGUGGUGGUGCUGCUGCAGUGUCUGCCUGACGAGAAGAGCAUCCCCAAAGACAUCUUCAGCCACUUCGUACAGCUCUACCAGGAGGCCCUCAAAGGUUAGUUUAAUAUACCUCCACCAGGAGGCCCUCACAGGUUAGUUUAAUAUACCUCCACCAGGAGGCCCUCACAGGUUAGUUUAAUAUACCUCCACCAGGAGGCCCUCACAGGUUAGUUUAAUAUACCUCCACCAAGAGGCCCUCACAGGUUAAUUUAAUAUACCUCCACCAAGAGGCCCUCACAGGUUAGUUUAAUAUACCUCCACCAGGAGGCCCUCACAGGUUAGUUUAAUAUACCUCCACCAAGAGGCCCUCACAGGUUAGUUUAAUAUACCUCCACCAAGAGGCCCUCAUAGGCUAAUUUAAUAUACAGUACCAGUCAAAAGUUUUAGAACACCUACUCAUUCAAGGGUUUUUCUUAAUUUUUACUAUUUUCUACAUUGUAGAAUAAUAGUGAAGACAUCAAAACUAUGAAAUAACACAUAUGGAAUCAUGCAGUAACCAAAAAAGUGUUAAACAAAUCAAAAUAUAUUUUAUAUUUGAGAUUCUUCAAAUAGCCUUGAUGACAGCUUUGCACACUCUUGGCAUUCUCUCAACCAGCUUCAUGAGGUAGUCACCUGGAAUGCAUUUCAAUUAACAGGUGUGCCUUCUUAAAAGUUAAUUUGUGGAAUUUAUUUCCUUCUUAAUGCAUUUGAGCCAAUCAGUUGUGUUGUGACAAGGUACACAUAAGAUAGCCCUAUUUGGUAAAAGACCAAGUCCAUAUAAUGGCAAGAACAGCUCAAAUAAGCAAAGAGAAACGACAGUCUUCUACUUUAAGACGUGAAGGUCAGUCAAAUCAGGCCUUCAUGGUCAAAUUGCUGCAAAGAAACCACUACUAAAGGACACCAAUAAGAAGAAGAGACUUGCUUGGGCCAAGAAACAUGAGCAAUGGAUAUUAGACCGGUGGAAAUGUGUCCUUUGGUCUGGAGUCCAAAUUGGAGAUUUUUGGUUCCAACCGGCGUUUCUUUCUGAGACGCGGUGUGGGUGAACGGAUGAUCUCUGCAUGUGUAGUUCCCACCGUAAAGCAUGGAGGAGGAGGUGUUAUGGUGUGGGGGUGCUUUGCUGGUGACACUGUCUGUGAUUAUUUCGAAUUCAAGGCACACUUAACCAGCAUGGCUACCACAGCAUUCUGCAGCGAUAUGCCAUCCCAUCUGGUUUGGGCUUAGUGGGACUAUCAAUUGUUUUUCAACAGGACAAUGACCCAACACACCUCCAGGCUGUGUAAGGGCUAUUUGACCAAGAAGGAGAGUGAUGGAGUGCUGCAUCAGAUGACCUGGCCUCCACAAUCCCCCGACCGUAAUCAAAUUGAGAUGGUUUGGGAUGAGUCGGAACGCAGAGUGAAGGAAAAGCAGCCAACAAGUGCUCAGCAUAUGUGGGAACUCCUUCAAGACUGUUUGAAAAGCAUUCCAGGUGAAGCUGGUUGAGAGAAUGCCAAGAGUGUGCAAAGCUGUCAUCAUGGCAAAGGGUGGCUACUUGAAGAAUCUCAAAUAUAAAAUAUAUUUUGAUUUGUUUAACACUUCUUUGGUUACUACAUGAUUCCAUAUGUGUUAUUUCAAAUGUUUUAUGUCUUCACUAUUAUUCUACAAUGUAAAAAAUAGUAAAAAUAAAGAAAAACCCUUGUAUGAGUAGGUGUUCUAAAACUUUUAAUAUACCUCCACCAAGAGGCCCUCACAGGUUAGUUUAAUAUUCCUCCACCAAGAGGCCCUCACAGGUUAGUUUAACAUACCUCUACCAAGAGGCCCUCACAGGUUAGUUUAACAUACCUCCACCAGGAGGCCCUCACAGGUUAGUGUAAUAUAACUCAAUCAGGAGGCCCUACCUCCACCAGGAGGCCGUCAUGGGUAAAAUACGACAAAUACCACCAUUAGGAGGCCUACUAAGACAUUUUACAGCUCUACCAGGAGGCCUUCACAGGUAUAAUAAGACCAGUAUGCUACCUCAACCAGGAGGCCUACUUAAGAUUAUAUUAAACAGCUCUGCCAGGAGGCUCACAUGGGGGAAAAUGUGCUGGUAGAUCUAGAGGUCCACAUAGUGGAGUUGAUCCUUCCCAGCCAGGUUACCCUCACAGUUAGUUUCAAGUUUCAAAGUUUAUUUGCCACUUGCACAGGAUACAACAGGUGUAAAACAGUACAGUGAAAUUCUUACCUUGAAAGCUCUUUCCCAACAAUGCAGUGAUUAGUAAUGAUGAUAUAGAUAAUAACAGGAAAUAGAAUAAACUAAUAAAAACACACAAGAAAGUUCGAUAUUCAGGUAACCGCCAACAUAAAGGAAACCCCAACAUAAAGUGUCUUAACAGGGCAUUGGGUCACCACGAGCCAGAACAGCUUCAAUGCACCUUGGCAUAGAUUCUACAAGUGUCUGGAACUCUAUUGGAGGGAUGCGACAUCGUUCUUCCACGAGAAAUUACAUCAUUUGGUGUUUUGUUGAUGGUGGUAGGAAACGCAGUCUCAGGCGCCGCUCCAGAAUCUCCCGUAAGUGUUGAAUUGGGUUGAGAUCUGGUGACUGAGACGGCCGUGGCAUAUGGUUUCCAUAGUUUUCAUGGUCAUCAAACCAUUCAGUGACCACUCGUGCCCUGUGGAUGGGGGCAUUGUCAUCCUAUGGGGGCAUAGCCAUGGUAGCCAAAAUAACGGCCUGCCCAGCAUUUUUAUACAUGACCCUAAGCAUGAUGGGAUGUUUUAAUUGCUUAAUUAACUCAGGAACCACACCAGUGUGGAACCACCUGCUUUCAAUGGAUGUAUAUACAGGUCAGUACCAGUACCUUAUUCAAUGUACAGGGGUACUGGAGUGGUUGGAUAUACAGGUCAGUCCCAGUACCUUAUUCAAUGUGCAGGGGUACUGGAGUGGUUGGAUAUACAGGUCAGUCCCAGUACCUUAUUCAAUGUGCAGGGGUACUGGAGUGGUUGGAUAUACAGGUCAGUCCCAGUACCUUAUUCAAUGUGCAGGGGUACUGGAGUGGUUGGAUAUACAGGACAGUGUCAGUACUUUACUCCUUAAAGACCAUUGAAGCUGUGAGCUCUGUAUUCACUCCUUAAAGACCAUUGAAGCUGUGAGUUCUGUAUUCACUCCUUAAAGACCAUUGAAGCUGUGAGCUCUGUAUUCACUCCUUAAAGACCAUUGAAGCUGUGAGCUCUGUAUUCACUCCUUAAAGACCAUUGAAGCUGUGAGCUCUGUAUUCACUCCUUAAAGACCAUUGAAGCUGUGAGCUCUGUAUUCACUCCUUAAAGACCAUUGAAGCUGUGAGCUCUGUAUUCACUCCUUAAAGACCAUUGAAGCUGUGAGCUCUGUAUUCACUCCUUAAAGACCAUUGAAGCUGUGAGUUCUGUAUUCACUCCUUAAAGACCAUUGAAGCUGUGAGCUCUGUAUUCACUCCUUAAAGACCAUUGAAGCUGUGAGCUGUGGGUUUGGCCGGUGUAGGCCGUCAUUGUAAAUAAGAAUUUGUUCUUAACUGACUUGCCUAGUUAAAUAAAGGUAAAAUAAAUAAAAAUAAAAAUUGCUGCAACUCCCCAAUGGACUCGAGAGAGGCGAAGGUCAAGAGCCAUGCGUCCUCCGAAACAUGACCUGCCAAGCCGCACUGCUUCUUGACACAAAGCUCGCUUAACCCGGAAGCCAGCCGCACCAAUGUGUCGGAGGAAACACCGUCCAACUGACGACCGACGUCAGCUUGCAGGCGCCCGGGCCCGCCACAAGGAGUCGCUAGAGCACGAUGAGCCAAGGAAAUCCCUCCGGCCAAACCCUCCCCUAUCCCGGACGACGCCGGGCCAAUUGUGCGCCGCCCCAUGGGGCUCCUGGUCACGGCCGGCUGGGACACAGCCUGGCAUCAAACCCCAGGCUGUAGUGGCGCCUCAGCACUGCGAUGCAGUGCCUUAGACCGCUGCGCCACAAAUAAAAGGCGUUUUAACACUCAAACUCUCCCCCCCCUUUCCUUUCCUCUCCUCCUUCUUUUAACCAAUGUUCUUCUCUCCCCUCCAGGUAACGUCCUGACCCACCUGGGCCACUCGUUCUUCACCCAGAGUUUCCUGGGCAGCAGGGAGCACGGAGGGUUCCUCUACGUCUCUCCGUCCUUCCAGGCCCUCCAGGACCUGAUGCCUCCCCAACCCCCCCUACCUGUUUGGGCGUGGUUUGCCUGAAGAGAAGUUGGGAGACCCCCCUGGGCAUGGGUUCCCCUCAGGCUCAUGCUGCGCUGGCGCCGAGUACAGUGUGAGUACGGAGGGGGGUGGUUUGGUUAACUGGGUAGGUUAACUUUGGGUUGGUUUGGGUGGUGGGUUAACUUGUGGGUUAUGGUGGGUUGGGUAUGGGGUGGGUUGGGUAUGGCUGGGUUGGGUGGGUAUGGUGGGUUGGGUGGGUAUGGCUGGGUUGGGUGGGUUGGUAUGGGUUGGGGGGUGGGUUGGGGGGUAGGUGGUGGGUUGGGUUGGUAUGGCUGGGUUUGGUGGGUUGGGUAUGGUGGGUGGGUUGGGGGUUGGGGUGGGUUGGGUUGGGUAUGGUUGGGUUGGGUAUGGUUGGGUUGGGUUGGGUAUGGCUGGGUUGGGUUGGGUAUGGCUGGGUUGGGUUGGGUAUGGUUGGGCUGGGUUGGGUUGGGUUGGUAUGGUUGGGUUGGGUAUGGGGUGGGUUGGGUUGGGUAUGGUUGGGUUGGGUAUGGCUGGGUUGGGUUGGGUAUGGCUGGGUUGGGUUGGGUAUGGUUGGGCUGGGUUGGGUUGGGUAUGGCUGGGUUGGGUAUGGUUGGGCUGGGUUGGGUAUGGUUGGGUUGCAUUUAGUUUAGAUUGUAUUAUAUUUUUUGGGCUGGGCACAAUUUGUAAUGUACUGGCAACUCUGAUGUGAUUGUUCCGUUUCUAAAUGUUUUCCGUUUCAUGCCUGAACCUGGUGGUUGUAUGUUUUAGUCUACCCCUGCCCUCUCUUCAGUGUGCGGUUCAGAAAACCCCUGUUUGGAGAGACGGGUCACACCAUCAUGACACUGCUAGUGGUAAGAAUCACAGCUUCACUUCUGCUGUAUUACUCAUUCAGUCACCACGUACAGAUCUGGGAUCAGGCAAACAGAGUUUAAAUAGUCAGUCACCACGUACAGAUCUGGGAUCAGGCAAACAGAGUUUAAAUAGUACCAGGCAAACCGUUUUUAAAUAGUCUGGUCACCACGUACAGAUCUGGGAUCAGGCAAACAGAGUUUAAAUAGUCAGUCACCACGUACAGAUCUGGGACCAGGCAAACAGAGUUUAAAUAGUCUGGUCACCACGUACAGAUCUGGGACCAGGCAAACAGAGUUUAAAUAGUCUGGUCACCACGUACAGAUCUGGGAUCAGGCAAACCGUUUUUAAAUAGUCUGGUCACCACGUACAGAUCUGGGACCAGGCAAACAGAGUUUAAAUAGUCGGUCACGACGUACAGAUCUGGGACCAGGCAAACAGAGUUUAAAUAGUCGGUCAUGACGUACAGAUCUGGGACCAGGCAAACAGAGUUUAAAUAGUCGGUCAUGACGUACAGAUCUGGGAUCAGGCUAACAGAGUUUAAAUAGUCGGUCACCACGUACAGAUCUGGGACCAGGCUAACAGAGUUUUUAAUGUAAUAUAAUGUUAUUACUUUACUCUACAGGACUUCUGUAACUACCAGUACACGUUGACCAUGGUUAGGGCUGUGGCGGUUAUUGUCAUGCAAAAGACUGCCGGUCUCACGGUAAUUGACCAUUAAUUACCAUAAACACCUUUUGCAUCUCCAGGCCUCCAGGCCUCCAGGCAUACAGGCAUACAGGCAUACAGGCCUCCAGGCAUACAGGCCUCCAGGCCUCCAGGCAUACAGGCAUACAGGCAUACAGGCCUCCAGGCAUACAGGCCUCCAGGCAUACAGGCAUACAGGCCUCCAGGCCUCCAGGCAUCCAGGCAUACAGGCCUCCAGGCCUACAGGCCUCCAGGCAUACAGGCCUCCAGGCCUCCAGGCAUACAGGCAUACAGGCAUACAGGCAUACAGGCAUACAGGCAUACAGGCAUACAGGCCUCCAGGCAUACAGGCAUACAGGCCUCCAGGCCUCCAGGCAUACAGGCAUACAGGCCUCCAGGCAUACAGGCAUCCAGGCAUACAGGCCUCCAGGCCUCCAGGCAUACAGGCAUACAGGCAUACAGGCCUCCAGGCAUACAGGCCUCCAGGCAUACAGGCAUACAGGCCUCCAGGCAUACAGGCCUCCAGGCCUCCAGGCAUACAGGCCUCCAGGCAUACAGGCCUCCAGGCAUACAGGCCUCCAGGCCUCCAGGCAUACAAGCCGCUGAUGUGCACAUUUGGAACAUCUACAUUUAAAAAAAGUAUAAUACAUUAAUUGAAUGUACACCAUCACAAUAAACAAUGCAAAUAGUCCGGGUAGCCAUUUGAUUAGCUGUUCAGGAGUCUUAUGGCUUGGGGGGUAGAAGCUGUUAAGAAGGGGGGGGGCAGGUAGCUUAGUGGUUAAGAGCGUUGUGCCAGUAACCGAAAGGUCGCUGGUUCUAAUCCCCGAGCCGACUAGGUGAAAAAUCUGUCGAUGUGCCCUUGAGCAAGGCACUUAACCCUAAUUGCUCCUGUAAGUCGCUCUGGAUAAGAGCGUCUGCUAAAUGACUAAAAAAAAAAAAAAAAAAAAGCCUUUUGGACCUAGACUUGGCGCUCCGGUACCGCUUGCCGUGCGGUAGCAGAGAGAACAGUCUAUGACUAGGGUGGCUGGAGUCUUUGACAAUUUUUAGAGCCUUCCUCUGACACCGCCUGGUAUAGAGGCGGCAGGUAGCUUAGUGGUUAAGAGCGAUGUGCCAGUAACCGAAAGGUCGCUGGUUCUAAUCCCCGAGCCGACUAGGUGAAAAAUCUGUCGAUGUGCCCUUGAGCAAGGCACUUAACCCUAAUUGCUCCUGUAAGUCGCUCUGGAUAAGAGCGUCUGCUAAAUGACUAAAAUGUAAAUGUAAAUGUAAAGGUCCUGGAUGGCAGGAAGGUUGGCCCCAGUGAUGUACUGGCCAUAGUGGUCCUGGAUGGCAGGAAGGUUGGCCCCAGUGAUGGACUGGCCAUAGUGGUCCUGGAUGGCAGGAAGGUUGGCCCCAGUGAUGUACUGGCCAUAGUGGUCCUGGAUGGCAGGAAGGUUGGCCCCACUGAUGUACUGGCCAUAGUGGUCCUGGAUGGCAGGAAGGUUGGCCCCACUGAUGUACUGGCCAUAGUGGUCCUGGAUGGCAGGAAGGUUGGCCCCAGUGAUGUACUGGCCAUAGUGGUCCUGGAUGGCAGGAAGGUUGGCCAUAGUGGUCCUGGAUGGCAGGAAGGUUGGCCCCAGUGAUGUACUGGCCAUAGUGGUCCUGGAUGGCAGGAAGGUUGGCCCCAGUGAUGUACUGGCCAUAGUGGUCCUGGAUGGCAGGAAGGUUGGCCAUAGUGGUCCUGGAUGGCAGGAAGGUUGGCCCCAGUGAUGUACUGGCCAUAGUGGUCCUGGAUGGCAGGAAGGUUGGCCAUAGUGGUCCUGGAUGGCAGGAAGGUUGGCCCCAGUGAUGUACUGGCCAUAGUGGUCCUGGAUGGCAGGAAGGUUGGCCCCACUGAUGUACUGGCCAUAGUGGUCCUGGAUGGCAGGAAGGUUGGCCCCAGUGAUGUACUGGCCAUAGUGGUCCUGGAUGGCAGGAAGGUUGGCCAUAGUGGUCCUGGAUGGCAGGAAGGUUGGCCCCAGUGAUGUACUGGCCAUAGUGGUCCUGGAUGGCAGGAAGGUUGGCCCCAGUGAUGUACUGGCCAUAGUGGUCCUGGAUGGCAGGAAGGUUGGCCAUAGUGGUCCUGGAUGGCAGGAAGGUUGGCCCCAGUGAUGUACUGGCCAUAGUGGUCCUGGAUGGCAGGAAGGUUGGCCAUAGUGGUCCUGGAUGGCAGGAAGGUUGGCCCCAGUGAUGUACUGGCCAUAGUGGUCCUGGAUGGCAGGAAGGUUGGCCCCACUGAUGUACUGGCCAUAGUGGUCCUGGAUGGCAGGAAGGUUGGCCCCACUGAUGUACUGGCCAUAGUGGUCCUGGAUGGCAGGAAGGUUGGCCCCACUGAUGUACUGGCCAUAGUGGUCCUGGAUGGCAGGAAGGUUGGCCCCACUGAUGUACUGGCCAUAGUGGUCCUGGAUGGCAGGAAGGUUGGCCCCACUGAUGUACUGGCCAUAGUGGUCCUGGAUGGCAGGAAGGUUGGCCCCACUGAUGUACUGGCCAUAGUGGUCCUGGAUGGCAGGAAGGUUGGCCCCAGUGAUGGACUGGCCAUAGUGGUCCUGGAUGGCAGGAAGGUUGGCCCCAGUGAUGUACUGGCCAUAGUGGUCCUGGAUGGCAGGAAGGUUGGCCCCACUGAUGUACUGGCCAUAGUGGUCCUGGAUGGCAGGAAGGUUGGCCCCACUGAUGUACUGGCCAUAGUGGUCCUGGAUGGCAGGAAGGUUGGCCCCAGUGAUGUACUGGCCAUAGUGGUCCUGGAUGGCAGGAAGGUUGGCCCCACUGAUGUACUGGCCAUAGUGGUCCUGGAUGGCAGGAAGGUUGGCCCCAGUGAUGUACUGGCCAUAGUGGUCCUGGAUGGCAGGAAGGUUGGCCCCAGUGAUGUACUGGCCAUAGUGGUCCUGGAUGGCAGGAAGGUUGGCCCCACUGAUGGACUGGCCAUAGUGGUCCUGGAUGGCAGGAAGGUUGGCCCCAGUGAUGUACUGGCCAUAGUGGUCCUGGAUGGCAGGAAGGUUGGCCCCAGUGAUGUACUGGCCAUAGUGGUCCUGGAUGGCAGGAAGGUUGGCCCCAGUGAUGUACUGGCCAUAGUGGUCCUGGAUGGCAGGAAGGUUGGCCCCACUGAUGUACUGGCCAUAGUGGUCCUGGAUGGCAGGAAGGUUGGCCCCAGUGAUGUACUGGCCAUAGUGGUCCUGGAUGGCAGGAAGGUUGGCCCCAGUGAUGUACUGGCCAUAGUGGUCCUGGAUGGCAGGAAGGUUGGCCCCAGUGAUGUACUGGCCAUAGUGGUCCUGGAUGGCAGGAAGGUUGGCCCCACUGAUGGACUGGCCAUAGUGGUCCUGGAUGGCAGGAAGGUUGGCCCCAGUGAUGUACUGGCCAUAGUGGUCCUGGAUGGCAGGAAGGUUGGCCCCACUGAUGUACUGGCCAUAGUGGUCCUGGAUGGCAGGAAGGUUGGCCCCAGUGAUGUACUGGCCAUAGUGGUCCUGGAUGGCAGGUAGGUUGGCCCCACUGAUGGACUGGCCAUAGUGGUCCUGGAUGGCAGGAAGGUUGGCCCCACUGAUGGACUGGCCAUAGUGGUCCUGGAUGGCAGGAAGGUUGGCCAUAGUGGUCCUGGAUGGCAGGAAGGUUGGCCCCAGUGAUGUACUGGCCAUAGUGGUCCUGGAUGGCAGGAAGGUUGGCCCCAGUGAUGUACUGGCCAUAGUGGUCCUGGAUGGCAGGAAGGUUGGCCAUAGUGGUCCUGGAUGGCAGGAAGGUUGGCCCCAGUGAUGUACUGGCCAUAGUGGUCCUGGAUGGCAGGAAGGUUGGCCAUAGUGGUCCUGGAUGGCAGGAAGGUUGGCCCCAGUGAUGUACUGGCCAUAGUGGUCCUGGAUGGCAGGAAGGUUGGCCCCACUGAUGUACUGGCCAUAGUGGUCCUGGAUGGCAGGAAGGUUGGCCCCAGUGAUGUACUGGCCAUAGUGGUCCUGGAUGGCAGGAAGGUUGGCCCCACUGAUGUACUGGCCAUAGUGGUCCUGGAUGGCAGGAAGGUUGGCCCCACUGAUGUACUGGCCAUAGUGGUCCUGGAUGGCAGGAAGGUUGGCCCCACUGAUGUACUGGCCAUAGUGGUCCUGGAUGGCAGGAAGGUUGGCCCCACUGAUGUACUGGCCAUAGUGGUCCUGGAUGGCAGGAAGGUUGGCCCCAGUGAUGGACUGGCCAUAGUGGUCCUGGAUGGCAGGAAGGUUGGCCCCAGUGAUGUACUGGCCAUAGUGGUCCUGGAUGGCAGGAAGGUUGGCCCCACUGAUGUACUGGCCAUAGUGGUCCUGGAUGGCAGGAAGGUUGGCCCCACUGAUGUACUGGCCAUAGUGGUCCUGGAUGGCAGGAAGGUUGGCCCCAGUGAUGUACUGGCCAUAGUGGUCCUGGAUGGCAGGAAGGUUGGCCCCACUGAUGUACUGGCCAUAGUGGUCCUGGAUGGCAGGAAGGUUGGCCCCAGUGAUGUACUGGCCAUAGUGGUCCUGGAUGGCAGGAAGGUUGGCCCCAGUGAUGUACUGGCCAUAGUGGUCCUGGAUGGCAGGAAGGUUGGCCCCACUGAUGGACUGGCCAUAGUGGUCCUGGAUGGCAGGAAGGUUGGCCCCAGUGAUGUACUGGCCAUAGUGGUCCUGGAUGGCAGGAAGGUUGGCCCCAGUGAUGUACUGGCCAUAGUGGUCCUGGAUGGCAGGAAGGUUGGCCCCAGUGAUGUACUGGCCAUAGUGGUCCUGGAUGGCAGGAAGGUUGGCCCCACUGAUGUACUGGCCAUAGUGGUCCUGGAUGGCAGGAAGGUUGGCCCCAGUGAUGUACUGGCCAUAGUGGUCCUGGAUGGCAGGAAGGUUGGCCCCAGUGAUGUACUGGCCAUAGUGGUCCUGGAUGGCAGGAAGGUUGGCCCCAGUGAUGUACUGGCCAUAGUGGUCCUGGAUGGCAGGAAGGUUGGCCCCACUGAUGGACUGGCCAUAGUGGUCCUGGAUGGCAGGAAGGUUGGCCCCAGUGAUGUACUGGCCAUAGUGGUCCUGGAUGGCAGGAAGGUUGGCCCCACUGAUGUACUGGCCAUAGUGGUCCUGGAUGGCAGGAAGGUUGGCCCCAGUGAUGUACUGGCCAUAGUGGUCCUGGAUGGCAGGAAGGUUGGCCCCACUGAUGGACUGGCCAUAGUGGUCCUGGAUGGCAGGAAGGUUGGCCCCACUGAUGGACUGGCCAUAGUGGUCCUGGAUGGCAGGAAGGUUGGCCCCAGUGAUGUACUGGCCAUAGUGGUCCUGGAUGGCAGGAAGGUUGGCCCCAGUGAUGUACUGGCCAUAGUGGUCCUGGAUGGCAGGAAGGUUGGCCCCACUGAUGGACUGGCCAUAGUGGUCCUGGAUGGCAGGAAGGUUGGCCCCACUGAUGUACUGGCCAUAGUGGUCCUGGAUGGCAGGAAGGUUGGCCCCAGUGAUGUACUGGCCAUAGUGGUCCUGGAUGGCAGGAAGGUUGGCCCCACUGAUGGACUGGCCAUAGUGGUCCUGGAUGGCAGGAAGGUUGGCCCCAGUGAUGUACUGGCCAUAGUGGUCCUGGAUGGCAGGAAGGUUGGCCCCAGUGAUGUACUGGCCAUAGUGGUCCUGGAUGGCAGGAAGGUUGGCCCCACUGAUGGACUGGCCAUAGUGGUCCUGGAUGGCAGGAAGGUUGGCCCCACUGAUGGACUGGCCAUAGUGGUCCUGGAUGGCAGGAAGGUUGGCCCCAGUGAUGUACUGGCCAUAGUGGUCCUGGAUGGCAGGAAGGUUGGCCCCAGUGAUGUACUGGCCAUAGUGGUCCUGGAUGGCAGGAAGGUUGGCCCCAGUGAUGUACCCCACUGUUUUUAUUUUAUUUUAUUUUUUAGCUUGGGCUCAUAAGCCUAUGAAUAUGCAUAAACUCUAAUAUGCAUAUGGGUGUUUUGCAUUAAUCAUCACCUUAGAAAGCGCUGUUCAUUUCGUUGUUAGGCUUUUGAAACGACAUCUACAAUGACCAUGUUUUACACUCAGUUUCAACCUGCUGUUUAACUUAUUUUUCUUCAAAUUGAUGGAUUUUAAAAGCAGAUACUGUUUUGAUAAGUGUUUUGAUGUGAUUUUUUUUGAUUGCAUUUGCAUUCAUGUCAGAGUGGUCAGAGGGACAAUAGAGCGCUGAGUUCCUACAUUCGGACCUUAUUGGUUGUUAGUGAGUUGGGUUCUACCAACGCAUGUCCAGAGUCCAUAAGAGGAGAUCACCGUGACUCAACGGUCACGUGGAAUUUUACUGCGUUCAUGAUUGCCGGUGUGAUGAUAAUGGUAAUAUGGUCACUGCAACAGCCCUACUCAUGGUGAUUAUUAUUGUUUGACCCUGCUGGUCAUCUAUGAACAUCUUGAAAAACCAUCUGGCCUUAAUGGCCAUGUACUGUUAUAAUCUCCCCCCGGCACAGCCAGAAGGGGACUGGCCACCCCUCAGAGCCUGGUUCCUCUCUAGGUUUCUUCCUAGGUUCCUGCCUUUCUAGGGAGUUUUUCCUAGCCACCGUGCUUCUACAUCUGCAUUGCUUGCUGUUUGUGGUUUUAGUCUGGGUUUCUGUAUAAGCACUUUGUGACAUCUGCUGAUGUAAAAAGGGCUUUAUAAAUACAUUUGAUUGGUUGAUUUAAAGGGUCUAUAAAAUGUAAUGUACCUACAGGACUUCCGUAACUACCAGUACACGUUGCCCGUGGUGAAGGGCCUGGUGGUGGACAUGGAGGCGAGGAAGACCUGCGUCAAGAUCCCCGGCAACCGAUACAACGAGGUGAGGCUCUCAACCAAUCGUAUUGCUUCCUAGCGAGGGGUUCUGCCAAUCACUAGGUCACCACGGUCCCAAACCAGAGACAACCAACCCUAUGUAGUAGUCGGCCUGGAAUCCACACUGAAUAUCGUUCCGUUUUCACUUCACUGAUUCGGGUCUGGACCUGCAUUCAGUGAUACUGGUUUAGUAUAACCAAGAUGUUCUGUGUGGUACAGAAGACCUUACUCCCUGUAAGGUUUGGAAAUGUUUAUCUGCUUGGCUACUGCCACUCUAACAGAUGGGAACCCAGUGAUUGGACCGUUUGACAACAGACAGUAUGAGAGCUUUCACACAGUCGGUGACUAAAACGCUCCAGAUUCUCACUUUUAUUUCUGCCAUGUGAACGACAGGAGAAAUGAGGAAGUCAGUCAGUCACAUAGACCAAGAUAACCAGGAUUUCUCCAUUAUCAAUCAAUCAAUCAAUUUUAUUUUAUAUAGCCCUUCUUACAUCAGCUAAUAUCUCGAAGUGCUGUACAGAAACCCAGCCUAAAACCCCAAACAGCUAGUAAUGCAGGUGUAGAAGCACGGUGGCUAGGAAAAACUCCCUAGAAAGGCAAAACCUAGGAAGAAACCUAGAGAGGAACCAGGCUAUGAGGGGUGGCCAGUCCUCUUCUGGCUGUGCCGGGUGGAGAUUAUAACAGAACCAUGCCAAGAUGUUCAAAAAUGUUCAUAAGUGACAAGCAUGGUCAAAUAAUAAUCAGGAAUAAAUCUCAGUUGGCUUUUCAUAGCCGAUCAUUAGAGUUUAAAACAGCAGGUCUGGGACAGGUAGGGGUUCCAUAACCGCAGGCAGAACAGUUUAAACUGGAAUAGCAGCAAGGCCAGGCGGACUGGGGAUAGCAAGGAGUCACCACGGCCGGUAGUCCCGACGUAUGGUCCUAGGGCUCAGGUCUCUCAGUUGGCUUUUCAUAGCCGAUCAUUUAGAGUUGAAAACAGCAGGUCUGGGACAGGUAGGGGUUUCGUAGCCGCAGGCAGAACAGUUGAAACUGGAAUAGCAGCAAGGCCAGGCGGACUGGGGGCAGCAGGGUGUCAUCAUGCCCGGUAGUCCUGACGUAUGGUCCUAGGGCUCAGGUUCUCAGAGAGAAAGAGAGAACGAGAGAAUUAGAGAGAGCAUACUUAAAUUCACACAGGACACUGGAUAAGACAGGAGAAGUACUCCAGGUAUAACCAACUAACCCCAGCCCCCCGACACAUAAACUACUGCAGCAUAAAUACUGGAGGCUGAGACAGGAGCGGUCCGGAGACACUGUGGCCCCAUCCGAAGAAACCCCCGGACAGGGCCAAACAGGAAGGAUAUAACCCCACCCACUCCGCCAAAGCACAGCCCCCGCACCACUAGAGGGAUAUCCCCAACCACCAACUUACAAUCCUGAGACAAGGCCGAGUAUAGCCCACAGAGGUCUCCACCACAGCACAAACCAAGGGGGGGGCGCCAACCCAGACAGGAAGAUCACGUCAGUAACUCAACCCACUCAAGUGACGCACAUUAUUGUAUUUUCCUCAAUCUACCUCAUCAAAAUGUUUCAUCUAAAAAGAACUGGAACUGAUUUGUGGAAACUUCAACCGUAAGGAUUAUGUUACCACAUUGGUGUACUGAACAGAUAACUUUGUCACAACUAGCGGCCUCCUGAUCACAACUCUUCAGGGCCCGGGUUUCCCAAAAGCGUCGUUAAAUCUACGAGCUGUUUCCCAAAACCAUAGUUAUUAACGUUGCACUUGAAAACACUCGUAAUCUAAACGCCUACCUCAAGUCGCUCUGGAUAAGAGCGGUCUGCUGAAUGAUGUAAAUGUAAACAGAAUCACAUGGUUUAUCAGUCUCUCUGUGACAUCCGAUAACUUCAGAGCAAAGGGUGACUACAAAUAUAAAGUUGCCUGUGUCUUUUGCAAUUGUUACAAACAAGCGACGUGUAUAUAUAAAAAUAUGCUUCAAAUGAAAACCGUGAUGACUGCAUCAAAAUAUAAACAGUAGGCUAUAGGCCAAUUUCAAUCAUAUUGAAAUUAAAUCGAGUGUAGGUUUAACUGAAUGACAACAGAGACCGAAUACACUACCAUUAAAAAUACCUGCAAUGCUGAUGGGGUAACAUUAUGACACUACUAUAUAAACACCUGCUAUAUGAUAAGGUAACUUUUAUAAUCACUAUUAUAUACAGCGCAUUCGGAAAGUAUUCAGACCCCUUGACUUUUUCCACAUUUUGUUACGUUACAGCCUUAUUCUAAAAUUGAUCAAAAAAUAUAUAUAUAUAUUGCGUCAAUCUACACACAAUACCCCAUAAUGACAAAGCAAAAACAGGUUUUUAAAAACUGAAAUCACAUUUACAUAAGUAUUCAGACCCUUUACGCAGUACUUUGUUGAAGCACCUUUGGCAGCGAUUAUAGCCUUGAGUCUUCUUGGGUAUGACGCUACAAGCUUGGCACACCUGUAUUUGGGGAGUUUCUCCCAUUCUUCUCUGCAGAUCCUCUCAAGCUCUGUCAGGUUGGAUGGGGAGCGUCGCUGCACAGCUAUUUUCAGGUUUCUCCAGAGAUGUUCGAUCGGAUUCGUCCGGACUCUGGCUCUGUAGCCUAACGUGUGUACAAUGUGUAAACUCUGUGAUUUAGUUCAUUAUUAUAGACUAAGCAUUAGAACGUAGGUGGUAAUAUCUCUCUAGGAGCUGAUCCGUGGUCAGUAUUGUGAAAUAAUUACAACGUUAAGGAAAGAUUUGAAUGGAGAAAGCUGAUCCGAGAGCAGCGCUCCCUUUCUUUCGACCCUGUCAGUAUCUCCGCUAUGCCUCAACGACACACUCGGUGAGCGUUCUCUCAGCCGUGGUGUUUUGGGAAACGCAGGUUACGUCUUCGGCCGUUGUAGGGAAAGAUGCAUCGUUAAAAACACACGUAAGCCUAAAUUCCAUUGGGAAACCAGGCCCAGGACUGUUGAAGUUACAGAUUGGACCUUUAAUGACACAACCACAUUGUCUGCCCCAGCUGAUGAAGGCUAUUAUCAAGUUAUAAAGAGACUAUUACCCGGCUAUGAACAAGUCUUUAUAUUCCCUGCAGCUGAUGAAGGCCAUGAACAAGUCCAAUGAACACGUCCUGGCCAUGGGGGCGUGUUUUAACGAGCAGGCCGACUCCCACCUGGUGGGUGUUCAGAACGACGACGGAAACUACCAGACCCAGGCCAUCAGCAUCCACCACCAACCAGACCCAGGCCAUCAGCAUCCACCACCAACCAGACCCAGGCCAUCAGCAUCCACCACCAACCAGACCCAGGCCAUCAGCAUCCACCACCAACCAGACCCAGGCCAUCAGCAUCCACCACCAACCAGACCCAGGCCAUCAGCAUCCACCACCAACCAGACCCAGGCCAUCAGCAUCCACCACCAACCAGACCCAGGCCAUCAGCAUCCACCACCAACCAGACCCAGGCCAUCAGCAUCCACCACCAACCACGCACAGGCCAUCAGCAUCCACCACCAACCACGCACAGGCCAUCAGCAUCCACCACCAACCACACCCAGGCCAUCAGCAUCCACCACCAACCAGACCCAGGCCAUCAGCAUCCACCACCAACCAGACCCAGGCCAUCAGCAUCCACCACCAACCAGACCCAGGCCAUCAGCAUCCACCACCAACCAGACCCAGGCCAUCAGCAUCCACCACCAACCACGCAGAGGCCAUCAGCAUCCACCACCAACCAGACCCAGGCCAUCAGCAUCCACCACCAACCACGCAGAGGCCAUCAGCAUCCACCACCAACCAGACCCAGGCCAUCAGCAUCCACCACCAACCACGCAGAGGCCAUCAGCAUCCACCACCAACCACACACAGGCCAUCAGCAUCCACCACCAACCACACCCAGGCCAUCAGCAUCCACCACCAACCACACACAGGCCAUCAGCAUCCACCACCAACCACGCACAGGCCAUCAGCAUCCACCACCAACCACACACAGGCCAUCAGCAUCCACCACCAACCACACAGAGGUAGACACACACACACACACACAGACACAGACACACACACACAGACACACAGACACAGACACACACACACAGACACACACACACACACACACACAGGCCAUCAGCAUCCACCACCAACCAGACCCAGGCCAUCAGCAUCCACCACCAACCAGACCCAGGCCAUCAGCAUUCACCACCAACCACGCAGAGGCCAUCAGCAUUCACCACCAACCACGCAGAGGCCAUCAGCAUUCACCACCAACCACGCAGAGGUAGACACACACACACACACACACACACACACCACACACACCACACACACACACUCACACACACACAGACACACACACACAGACACACACACACACACACACACAGGCCAUCAGCAUCCACCACCAACCAGACCCAGGCCAUCAGCAUCCACCACCAACCAGACCCAGGCCAUCAGCAUCCACCACCAACCAGACCCAGGCCAUCAGCAUCCACCACCAACCAGACCCAGGCCAUCAGCAUCCACCACCAACCAGACCCAGGCCAUCAGCAUCCACCACCAACCACGCACAGGCCAUCAGCAUCCACCACCAACCACGCACAGGCCAUCAGCAUCCACCACCAACCACGCACAGGCCAUCAGCAUCCACCACCAACCACACACAGGCCAUCAGCAUCCACCACCAACCAGACCCAGGCCAUCAGCAUCCACCACCAACCACACACAGGCCAUCAGCAUCCACCACCAACCACACACAGGCCAUCAGCAUCCACCACCAACCACGCAGAGGUAGACACACACACACACACACACACACACAGACACAGACACACACAUACAGACACACACACACACACACAGGCCAUCAGCAUCCACCACCAAUCACGCAGAGGUAGACACACACACACACACACACACAGACACAGGCCAUCAGCAUCCACCACCAACCACGCAGAGGUAGACACACACACACACACACACACACAGACAGACACACACACACACACACACACACACCACACCACACACACACACACAACGUGGGGAGUCAAGUCAUAGUCUGUCGACUGGACUAACAAAACCAUGGCUGGAAUCGCAGCCCUUCAGAUAGCUUACAAUUGAAUUUCUUUGUGAUUAAAUUCAAUAUUUCAAGUUUAUUUCUUCCAGUGACCGGCGCCUGCUUUUUUGUGUCCAGUGGUUCUCUGAAGGCAGCCUCUGGACACUUGGCCAAGACCAGCAUUGUGGAAGGUAACAUCAACAAUAUCUCCAAAAUUAGAGACUGCAUUUCAAUUGAACUUUAUUUAUCGCCUCUGAUUUUUUGCCAUAGGACUACAGAGCUGAUUCAAAAUAUCAACCAAUCAUCAAACUUUGAUUAUUUGAAUCCGCUGUUUAGUGCUAGGGCAAAAAACCAAAACGUGCACCCAGCGGGGGCCCCAGGACAGAGUUUGGGAAACCCCGUGUUAGGUAGUCUGCUGUCUACAGGUGUGUACGGUGUGAUGGUGUUAUAUACACACACACAUCUGUUGUUCCCCUGUAGAUGGUGUGAUGGUGUUAUAUAUACACACACAUCUGUUGUUCCCCCUGUAGAUGGUGUGAUGGUGCAGAUCACAGCAGAGACCAUGGAUGCUCUACGGCAAGCCCUCAGGGACAUGAAGGACUUUAGUAUCACCUGUGGCCGGGCAGACCAGCAGGACACCCAGGAACAUGUUCACAUACAGUGGACAGAUGACGAUCACUCCUUUUUCAAUAAGGGGUGAGGAAAUGAAUGAUGAAAGGAGGAGGAGGAAGGGAAACCUCUAAACUCCUAGUGUUUCCCUCCCUUAAUACCCAUCUAUGAAAGAUGUUUAGAAGACAUUUAAAGUAGGUGUAUUAUUUAAACCCCCCCCCCCCCGCCUGUUCCCCCCCCAGGGUAAUUAGUCCUAUUGAUGGGAAGUCUAUGGAGUUCAACACCAGCGUCAAAAUCUUCCACGGUUCAGAGUUCAAGGCUAAUGGGAAGGUCAUCCGCUGGACAGAGGUACGUGAUGUCACCCUCCUAAACAACACCUGGGUUCAGUCCGUGAUGUCACCCUCCUAAACAACACCUGGGUUCAGUCCGUGAUGUCACCCUCCUAAACAACACCUGGGUUCAGUCCGUGAUGUCACCCUCCUAAACAACACCUGGGUUCAGUCCGUGAUGUCACCCUCCUAAACAACACCUGGGUUCAGUCCGUGAUGUCACCCUCCUAAACAACACCUGGGUUCAGUCAACACAAAACCAGACAAAACAUUUCGAAACGGGGAGGCACUACCUGAUCUUGUCCGAUAAGAAAUGUGCAAUUAAAUUUGUUUCAAAAUGUUUUACAAAAAAAAGGUGUGCCCUACUGAAUACGACCCAUUCUCAUGUCUCCGCUCAAGACAAAUCUGCAACGUUUAUAAUUUUUGCCCCUUUUAGGUCUUCUUCGUCCAGAGUGACGACCAGCCUAACGGUCUGAGCGACCCUGCUGACCACAGCCGCUUGACGGAGAACGUGGCGAGGGCAUUCUGCGUGGCGCUGUGCCCGCACCUCAAACUGCUGAAGGACGAUGGCAUGGCUAAACUGGGCCUACGGGUCACCCUCGAGUCUGACCAGGUACGGACUCGGGUCAUCACGGUCUGGCCACACCAGAAAUGAUUUGAAUGGCAAAUCAGAAAUGGUUUUUAAAUCAGAAAAUGUGCAGGGGCAGACAUUGACCAGAAAUUAUCCCUGGCAUUUCAAACACACCAGCCCGUUUUUUUCCUCAAGGCGUCCACACCGGCCCAUUUUCUUUUUCUUGAGGCCUCAUUAUUAGCCAGAUAAUGAUCAUUUUUGCGUAAAGAAAACAAGUUAGACAGGCCCACUGGGCUAAAAAUGGACCAGCCCAUCUGGCAUUUGGCUGAAAUGACAGAUAGCCAGUCCGCCCAUGCAAAUGUGUAAUUUAGGAUUAAGCUCAAAGUAAAUGUAAAUCAGGUGUGUCAGUCAGUGCUAGGCUAAAACAAACAAGAAUGGACUGAGAAACACUUGAAUUAGAAAAUAACUACCUGUCUCUGUGGGCCACCUAGCAGGUAGUAACGGCAAGCCACUCCCCUCACAGUACCUGGUUAGAUAAAAGGAUACAUCAACAGUAACUACCUGUCGCUUCCCUGUCCCUCUUUUCUCCCAGGUGGGUUACCUAGCAGGUAGUAACGGCCAGCCUCUCCCCUCCCAUUACCUGAGUGACCUGGACAGAACUCUGAUCCCGGUCAUCCACAGAGGGGCGGGUCAACUCAGCGAGGGCCCCGUCGUCAUGGAGCUGGUCUUCUACAUCCUGGAAAUCCUCUCCUAGAAGACGGACCAACACC